GUUCUAAUUUUAGUAUUUUGGCAAAUUGAUGCACAAAAAGAAAACAAUUUGGAGAAGUUGAAUACAUUAUUCGUCUGCAAAUAUCUUCCGCGUCUUCAGUUGUUCUGCCUUUUGAGUGUUGCAAAUGGGAACUGAAGGCGAGCAAUUGACGGAGCAGGAAACUGCCAUCUAUGAUCGACAAAUUAGGGUUUGGGGCGUUGAUGCUCAGAGAAGGCUCAGCAAAUCCAAUGUGUUUGUUAGUGGACUGAAAGGAACUAGUGUUGAGUUCUGCAAGAAUAUUGUUUUAGCUGGAGUAGGUAGUUUGACACUAAAUGAUGACCGGUUGGUGACCGAAGAUCUAUUAUUUGCUAAUUUCUUAACUCCUCCCGAUGAAAAUGAUUUCCGGGGGAAGUCUGUUGCUGAGCUUUGCUGUGAUUCUUUGAAGGAUUUCAAUCCUAUGGUUUCUGUUUCUGUAGAGAAAGGUGCUCUGUCCAUCUUCGAUGCUGAUUUCUUUCAGAAGUUUGAUGUUGUUGUUGUUAAUUGUUGCUCCCUUUUGACAAAAAAAUCAGUAAAUGCAAAAUGUCGCAAGUUGCCAAAGCGUGUAGCAUUUUACAGUGUAGAAUGCCGUGACUCCUGCGGUGAGAUAUUUGUUGAUUUGCAGAACUUCAGCUACUGUAAGAAAAAAAAUGAAGAGACGAUUGAAUGUAAAUUGCAUUAUCCAAGUUUUGAGGAAGCCAUUGCAGUUCCCUGGAGAUCUCUACCAAAGAGAAUGUCAAAGCUGUAUUAUGCAAUGAGAGUUAUAGAAAGGUUUGAAGAGCUUGAGGGACGAAAUCCUGGAGAAACUUCUGUUGAUGACCUUCCAAAUGUUCAGAAGUUGAGGAAGGAACUCUGCGAGGCACAUUGCUUAAAUGAAUCUCAUAUCCCAGAUUCUCUUCUGAGAAGAUUGAUGGCAAGUACAAGCGAAUUUCCUCCUGUCUGUGCUAUCGUAGGAGGAAUUCUUGGGCAGGAGGUAAUAAAAGCAAUAUCUGGCAAAGGCGAUCCCCUUAAGAACUUUUUCUUCUUUGACGCCAUGGAUGGUAAAGGGAUAAUAGAGGACAUAUCUAAUGUCAACAACUGAGGAUUGACCUGUGUGGUAAAAACUGUCUUAAGAAAUGCUGACCUUGUUGGGUAUCUUUUUUUUGGUAGAUUUAGGACUAAUCACAACCUAAAUUAUCCGACAUUCCUUCAAUUUGUGUUCUGAUCAGCAAAAUUAUGAUUUUUUUUUUUUUUUGACAUUUGGGACCAUCAGUAAAGUGCUCAUGUUGGGCUUAUAUCUUGA